CCUCUUACGUUAUAUUAAAAGCUAUUUAAAGUGUUCCCGUCACUCAAUAUUAUUUAUGUGUUAAGAGAGGCCAUUUGCCUUUUCAAUUUUCAUAUUAAUUCGAUAUUUGUAAUGGCUAGCGAGAGAAUUCUCAAGCCAUCAAAGUGGUUCUCAAACAAAACUCUAAGAAUUAGUCUUCAUCGCCGAAGAUCAAGAUCCUCCUCCAAUAACUCAUUAUCUAGUAAUUCUCCAAGUCCAAGAUCCCCCAUGUCAAACAAUGGAGAGAUCACUGGGCUAAUGGAGGCUUUUCGUCACUUUGAUAAUGAUGGAGAUGGGAAAAUCUCGGCCUAUGAGCUAAGGUCAUAUUUUGGGUCCAUUGGGGAUCACAUGUCUCAUGAGGAGGCUGAAGGGGUCAUCCAUGACCUAGAUUCCGAUGGGGACAACUUGUUGGACUUCAAGGAUUUCACCAAGCUCAUGAAGCGAGAUGUUGGUGAUGAUCAUGAUGAUGAGGGGGAUCUAAGAAGGGCUUUUGAGAUGUUUGUGUGGGAGAAAGAAGGGAGUGGUUGCAUCACCCCGAAAGGGUUGCAAAGGAUGUUGCAUCGCCUUGGUGAUGACAAAUCCUAUGAUGAGUGUGUGACCAUGAUUGAUGCCUUUGACAUUGAUCACAACGGGGUCCUUGAUUUCGAUGAGUUUUACCAAAUGAUGGCCUAAUCAAUAUUGGUCCCUUAUUUCAUAUGUAGUAUAUGCAUGUUUCUUGUGUAUACGGUUCAUAUGGAUGCUUCAAUACUUGAAGUUUUAUGUAAAUAUUUACAUGGAGGCCACUGGAGCCAGUGCUUAUUGUAUUCUCAAAUAAAGAACGGUUUAAUUGAGGUUUCAGGUUUCCUAAAUGCGAAUAGACUGUUUUGUUUUUUCACCAA